UGUCCUCUCCGGUGCCGAGCGACGUCCGACGGAAAGGUCUUCUCCUCCUCCCUCCUCUCCGACGACGAGCGGCCGACCUCUGUGCUCUCCGGCGCCGAGCGACGUCCGACGGCAAGCUCCGCUCCUCCUUCCUCCUCUCCAGUAUUUUAUUGCAGGUGGGCGGCGGACGUGGUGGGAGGGAGCGGGCAGGGCGGGGAGGAGGAGGAGGAGGAGCGGCUGCCUAUGGUGUUCACGCCGGAGCAGCAGCAGUACACGCUGGAGCUGGACCAGAAGGCGGCCUCCCUGAGGCACUCGAUCCAGGAUCUACGGCUCCGGAUACCUCCCGCACACAUCUCUGAGCGCCUCCCCCACCUCCACGCUCACACCCUCACCUCCAACGCCGCCCUCGCCCUCCAACUCAACUCCCACUCCGCCACCCGAGAACAAAAAAAUUCAGAUGUCCUUAACAUGAAAGAAAGUGCAGGUGUUGGUUUACCACAGGCACCAAAAAAUGUGCGGCUUUUUUCCUAUAAUGAGUUGAAGUCAGCAGCACGGAACUUUCAUCCGACAAACAGAAUAGGUCGUGGAGGGUUUGGAGUCGUAUAUAAAGGAACAUUGAGGGAUGAAACAGAGGUUGCAAUAAAGACACUGUCUGCUGAAUCAAAGCAAGGAACGAAUGAGUUUCUGACUGAGAUUGAUAUGGUAUCAAAUAUUAGGCAUCCUAAUCUUGUUCAACUGAUGGGGUGUUGUGUUGAAGGCAGGAACAGGAUUUUGGUUUAUGAGUAUCUGGAGAACAAUAGUCUAGCAAAUGCUCUACUUGGUCCAGCGAAUAAGCGGAUUGCUUUGGAUUGGCCCAAAAGAGCUGCUAUUUGUGCGGGUACAGCUCAGGGUCUUGCAUUUCUCCAUGAGGAAGCCGAGCCACAUAUUGUCCAUCGAGAUAUCAAGGCUAGUAAUGUUUUACUUGACAAAGACCUAGCCCCAAAAAUUGGAGACUUUGGUCUAGCUAAGCUUUUUCCUGACAAUGUCACUCACAUUAGCACACGUGUGGCAGGAACUAUGCUGAUUGCCCUGAUGCAUUAGCUCUGCAACUCCUAAAGCUUAAAAGAUAUUUAAACAUUGUGUAUUGUUUAAAUGAUGCCUAGUGCCACGUCUGUUCUUUCUUAACUUAGUAGUCAUUUCUUGCCUGUUCUUUGCUGCAGUGCAUGUACAUUUAAUUAUCUCAAGUCAGUUAAUGAAAUCUACAUUUCUUUCCAAAUUAGGCAUUUUGCCUAAAGGAAUCCAAAGCCUGGAGAGAUGCUAUCUAAGCAAAAUAUUCCCUUCAACAUCCAUGGUGCUCCUAUCAUUUUGCCUACUUCCUAUGAAGAUAUGGUUCAAAAAUACCAGGCCGCGUUGCAAUUGCUUGGAGCUUUCCUGCUUCAGUUUGUGUUGCUGCAAUCAGGGUGUUUCAUGCUUCAAACCACAAUGUUGUAGCUGGGGAUUCCCUGCUCCAAACUACAAUGUUGUGGCUGGGGGUUUCCUUUCUCCAGACCAUGCUGUGUCCUUCUAAGCCUCUCCUGCCCUAAGUACUCCUGUGGCUGUAUCUUAUCCUGUCCAAGAUGUACAGAGGUACGCCUGUGCCCAAGAUGCACCAAACCUGGCUGUACUACCGGAUGUCUAUGUUAGGUUAGAUCAUGUAAAUGAUCAAUGUAAAUAUUAUCUACGCUAUGUGGCUUGUGACAGAUCCAUAGCCCACCUGAUCAAUGUAAAUGAUCGAGUUGUCAAUAUCCUGCUUUAGACUUUAUGUCUAGGUCUUUUUUAUGUGGAUGGAUAAAAAUGCAGAGAGGUAUGUCGUGUGAUACCAUGAACGUAGACAAAUAAUGAGUUUUGUAAACAUUUCUUAUCUUGUAAUCAGUGUUCAAGUCUGCACUAUGAAGUGUUUGUAAUACAGGUUCGUAUUUUUAUUUA